UCCUCCUUCGCGACGCCCAUCAGCCUCGAUGAGCGCUCCUGGUCCUGGAGGCACCUCAGGCACCAGUUCCGGGUGAAGAACCUGGAGGAGCUGUUCGCGCGCUACCAGCAGCGUCUGCAGGACGGCUACUUCUCCAUGCUGGUGUUCGUGCAGGUGCUGCUGUGCGCCGCACACAUCACAGCGCUGGCGCUCGCCGUCGCUACAGAAGUCAUCUAUAUGGCCUGCAUAAAUCUCAUAGGAAUAUUCUUUCGAUUGCUCAAUGAGAUAGCCAUUCGGAGGACAUUUCUGGAUCACCGUGCAAACAUAGAGACAACAUUCAAACUACAAUUUGAGAAAAGUCAAGAGGAACAUCUGAUGCUUAGCAUUCUACCAAGGCAUAUCGUAGAUGUAGUAAAGGAAGACAUAUGGAGUAUUUUUCAACACAUCAAGCUCAAUCAGUCACCACUGAAGAAGAAGCCUUUCAGUGGUAUGUAUGUCAGGGAACAUGACAAUGUUACUAUUCUUUAUGCUGAUGUUGUCAAUUAUGCUUCACUGACAGUAUCAUUACCAGUAACAAAACUGGUAGAAACAUUGAAUGAACUUUUUGGGAAAUUUGAUGAAGCUUCAGAGGAAAAGAACGUCCUAAGAAUAAAGUUCCUGGGUGAUUGCUACUACUGUGUGUCUGGUGUGCCAAAUCCCAAUCCUCAUCAUGCAAAAAACUGUGUAGAACUUGGACUGGAAAUGAUUGCAAUCAUUAAAGAAGUCCGAGAGGAGCGAAGGCUGAACCAGUUGUUGGAUAUGAGGAUUGGAAUUCACACAGGAAAAAUUCUCAGUGGUCUCCUGGGAGUAUGCAAGUGGCAGUACGAUGUAUGGUCAAGAGAUGUCAUCAUUGCCAAUAGUAUGGAGCAAUCUGGAAAACCAGGCCGUGUCCACAUUACCCAGCAAACGAUGGACCAGUUAGGAAAUGCUUAUCGAUAUGAAGAAGGACACGGAGCUAGUCGAAAUGCCAUACUUCAAAAAUAUAAUAUCAUCACAUAUUUUGUAAUUUCAAAUGAGCACAGUCAAGAGGAAUCUUCCAAUGAACUGAGACCCUCAUACAACCGCCGUUUCAGUGGUGGAGUGAGAAGGCUCACAUUCAAUAAAUCGCUUAGAGCAAGGGACGGUAUUGCUGUUGCAUCACGAAGAAGAACUGCUUUCAUGGACAACAACUUGCAUCAGUAUCAGCAGGCAUUACUCAAGGCCAAUGAAGAAAUGUCAAAAGCAAUCGAAAACAUGAAACUUGGACUGUAUGAUCGGUGGUGCCAGAGUGGAAAGCUUAAUCCUCUGUGCCUGACCUUUGAAGAAUUAAAAUGGGAAAUACCUUUUUCUCAACAACCAGAUCCAUUAUUCAAGUACUAUAUACUAUGUUCAUUGAUAGUACUUAUCAGCAUUCUUGCAAUGCAGGGUGCAAAACUCUCCAGGACACACUGGCUGCCAUGGAUAGGCUAUGGAAUGGUUGGAGUUUUUCUUUUUAUUCUCCAGCCUACAACUUGGACUCAUUUCCUGUGGAAUAAAUACUAUGAUCCCCAUGGUGAUGAAGGACCAGUUACACCCCCACAAAACUGUAUCAUGAAAUUCUUCUAUACAACUUCAGAGAGAAUAGUUGAGCAACCAUGUGUCAGAACGUGCCUAUACGUUAUAGUAUGCACGUCUUUGUCACUCUGCAACAUGCUUGAACUGGCCGAGUGUUAUUUACAGUCAGUAUCAACGGAUUAUUCUCCUUGGGAGACAGGGUGUGUUGCAGGAUGGCACAUCACAGAAACAUGUGCACUUGUGUUGCUGAUGAGUUUUCUUUUCCUGAGAAUGCAUUUUCAGCUCAAACUUCUGAUUGGAUGCCUCAUAACAGGUGCAUACGGUUGUGUCAUCUGGGUACUGCAACCAUCAGUAUUUCAAAACAGUGAGACAUCAAAUCCAAAUCUAGAACCUCAGGUAGCUCACAUCAUGUACAUUGUGUUCUUAACAUUCUCACUUCACCUGAUAGAUAGACAGUCAGAGUACAUGAAUCGCUUGGACUAUCUUUGGAAACGUCAACUUUCAGAAGAGCAGGAUCUAUCAGCUACAACUCGUCUAGUGAACAAGAUGCUUCUGGAGAACAUCUUGCCAUCUCAUGUUGCUGAGCUCUACCUGAACAUAGAAAGGACCUCUGAUGAACUGUAUCAUGAAGAAUAUGACUCAGUAGCUGUCUUGUUUGCUACUGUUACUGAUUACACUCUUUUUGACUUUGAUCAUCCUGAAAACAGCAAUGAACUAGUUAGCCUACGAGUACUCAACGAAAUCAUAUGUGACUUUGACAAGCUACUCUUUGAACCAAGUUUUCUGCGUGUUGAGAAAAUAAAAGUAGUUGGCUGGACUUAUAUGGCUGCUUGUGGCUUGGAUCCUGGACGCAGGGACUCAACAACUUCCAUUAGCAGGCAAACAUUCCCCCAACAUGUUGUGUAUGUGCUUGCUCGUUUUGCAACAAGGAUGAUGGCUGCACUAGAAAAAAUAAAUGCCGAAGGUCAACAGUCAUAUAGGCUGAGAGUGGGCAUUUCACAUGGUCCAAUUACUGCUGGGGUUAUUGGAGCACAGAAACCUCUGUACGAUAUAUGGGGCGAUGCCGUUAAUAUGGCGUCAAGGAUGGAUUCAACUGGAGAAGCUGGGAAAAUCCAGGUCACUGAAAACACUGCAGAAGUGCUUGAAGAGCAAGGUGUAUGUUGUCAAUAUCGAGGGCCUACCUAUGUAAAAGGCAAAAACUACAUGACAACAUACUUUGUUUGCAUGGGUGACAACUAUGAACUUCUUUUAAAACCAAAGUCUCCUGAUAUUGUUAACGAAGACAUUAUGCCAGAAAAUGCUCAGAAAGACAUAACUAAUGUUAUUUCAAAUAAAGAACUUAAUGGUGUAAUUAAAAGUGGUGAAACAAAUCAUAUUACGAGCAACUGUAUCAACAGAACACAGCACAGUGCAGCUGGUAAUAGUGAAAGGACUGAAGAGAGUGAAGAAGAAUACAACACAUCAUUAUAGUUUCAGAUAGCUGGUGCAUACUUCCACAAAAAGAAGUGCUUCAAAACUUCAAAACAAGAAUAUUAAUUAUCAAUAAACUGGAGAACAUAAUUUUUCCAGCAUAUGUUGAAAUCAUACAUGUAAAUAUGUAAAAUGUAAUGAUAACAAGACUGACUGAGUUAAAUACUUUGCAUAUUAAAUCUCAGACCAAAACAAAUUCCAUAGCGAAUUAACAUUAUAUGACCUUGACAAGUAGACUGGAGGAUUUAUCAAGAUUUGAAAAUUCAGCUAAUGCCUGUAUAAUCUUGAUCAUUCCUUUACUAUUACUAUUGUAUGCUUAUGUUGCCUUGCUUUAUAUCUUUUAAUGAGUAGCUCAGAUCCAAUGUAUUGUGUGCAGCUGUACACACAAUGAAACUCUAAUGAAAUAUUUAGAUUCACUCUCCUUUGAAACCACUGUUUUCUGAAAAUAUUGAAAUUCAAAAUGACAUGACAUACAAGGUGCUGUGCUUCCAAAUGGAUCACCAGCUAAGUAUUUCAUAAGAAUGAAACAAGCAACAAAGAAAAGGAACAUGAAAAUCAGCUUCUAUUUCAUAAUGCAGAGGGACAUCAUGACAGAUGGAAAUCUGGUUUCAUUCUCCUUAACGAAAUGUUAUUAAUUCUUUUUGUAUUUUUACUACACUGAUUGUACAAAGUAACAGCUAAUUUCCAACAAAAUAAACUACCUAAUUUCUUGUCAGCAUGCCCGUGUGCACAUAACAUAAAGUAUACAGACACAAAGUGCUGACAGUACACAAAAAAAUAUUUCAUUCAUCAUAAAAAUUCAUCAUAAGAAAAUAUAUGAGUUGAAGUAAUCUACUUGUAACAUCUCACAUUUUUAAAUUUAUCACCCCACAAAGAAUGUUGGCCAAUUUCAUUUAUAUUUUUACUACAAUAAUAACAAAGCAUUGAAGAUCUGAGUAAUAGAUUUUUGUCCGAUUUGUAAAUAUAGUAAGUGAUAAUCAUGCCAUUGUGACAAAACCAUAGCUUUAUUAUUAUAGAGUUGUGUAAAUCACCAUUUCAUACAUAGCGGUGUAAUAUAUAUACUCUGUACAUACAGUGAUAUGUAUAUUUUAUAAAUACUUGUUAACUAUUGAAGACUGUUUCAACAAACAGAAACUAAGACUAUAUAUAAUGUGUCUUGCAAUUUGUAUUAAGAAGUUUUCCGUGCUAAAGCAAAAAAUCUUUACAACUUGUAUGAAGCAAGGUAAUUUUACAUACGUUAUUUCUUACAAGCCAAACUAGUCAUAAUGUUUGAAAAUUACUUUUUUUCAUAAAAUGAAGAAUUCAGUGUUUUGACAUUUGAUUUUCUUAAGCAGAUUUCUGUUUUCAGCUUUACAGCCUCUAUCAGGUCAUAAAAAAGAAUAAUAAUGUACAGGAUGCACAGUCAUAAACUGACCUAUUUAACAAAAUAAACAUUGCUUAAUCAGCGGGUAAAAGUUACAAUGUGGUGCCAGUGGCACUGGUGGAAGGUAUGGUUAUCAACAUCACAGAUCUGACAAUGGCUGAAGGCAAAUAUGGUAAUCUGUUUAACUAAAUCAAAAGUAACCUAGACUAUGCAUUUUCCAGUUUAUUUAGAUAUCAAGUCACUGGCGUCCUCCAAAGACCUAAGUGACUUCAUUUAAUGAUACUUCUUUCCACUUCCCCUUCUCUAGCAAAUCCUUAAUUCACAACUAACGACCAUUUCAAGUCUCAUAAUUGACAACCCCAAUAUAUUAAUGUACAAAUUCCACAGUAUUGCAUAAGCCAUAUAUAUUCAAACUUUUGUUUUCCAUCCUACGUUGACAGUCCUGCUCUUUUGCCCUUCCUGCACAAAAUGUGAUUCUUGUACAAAGUUUGAUAUUGUAAUAACAUCUUACCUCAUGAAUUAAAACAUUUUUUAAAUAUCUUUUGACAGGCUAUGUUGUAAUUUAUUAUAUUUAUUUUUUGUAUUAUUGUUGUAUUUCAUUGUCAAUAAACAUCUUUUACUUUGGAAUAGAUGCCAAAAAGAA